CUGAACUGAGCCUACCGUGUAUUAGCUAAUUACUCGAACCCUCUGAAUCUCCAAAAAAUAUCUUUUCCAACGAAAUAUUCACUAUAGGAACAGAUGGAACAUACGAAAUGCGUUUCGACAGGACAGAGCAACAUACUUCAUGUCCAUGUAUUUGGUACUCACCGUGUCACCCAAGAACGGCGGAAAGUCAAGUCCAAGGUCAUUAUGGAAAGAGAAGACAGAGAUAAACGAAACCGAAAGUCAAUGGUUACGACAGACGAACGUAAAUCUAGUGGAAGUGGAAGCCUCUAUAUGAAAAGCAUCAGGCCUGUGCAGAUGAAUCCGGACAAAUUUCCUGGUUACUAUGUCUUUCAGGAAUCCGCUUUUGGAAAUACCAUUUUACCUGGAAUUCCAAGGAUUGAAACAAAUAAAUGAUAUGCUUACAGACAAUCAAUUGUAAUCUAAAUGUUAUCCAGUGGAAGAACUGUAUCCCGGUGAUAUACCAAAGAAUUAAAUUAUUUAACAGACUGAUGAAAUGCGUUUUCAGUAACAUGUACACUUCUUUAAUAUGCAAUCUUCUAUACCAUUCCUAAUUCUCUCUUUUAUUUCCUCACAACCGUGUCAUUUCCAUAUGCAUAUACCAAACUCCAGAAUUAGUGGGUAUACCAAUGUUUAUCCUCUUCGUGUCAAUAUGUUCGCAUAUGUAGGAUAUU